CAUCUGGUAACCGCUCCAUUUACGAUCAUAACUGCGUUUAUAGUGUAAAAGUACUUUUAUCUGCAUGCACAUGCCUGUGUCAUAUCUAAACAUGAGCUGAACAGUUUGCGUAAUGCACGAGCGCAUCUACAUUUCUCAGACAUUCGAGAAGCGGAUGUGUAAUGGCCUCAGCGGUGGAGAGAACAGAUGAUCUGGUGCGAGAAUAUCUGAUCUAUCGAGGUUUCACCAGCACACUUAAACAUCUGGAUUCAGAAAUCAAAGCAGACAAAGAGAAGGGCUUCAGAGUUGAUAAAAUAAUUGAUCAGCUUCAGCAGUUUAUUCAGAAUUAUGAUCUGACGGGACUGAAGGAUUACUGGGGUUAUCUGGACCGCAGACUGUUCUCCAGGCUAGAGGACGUUUACAGACCAACCGUCAGCAAACUGAGGACCAGUCUGUACAGACUUUACAUCAUACACACUGUUCAGAUGAAGAAUCCAGAGAAGACGCAGGAGUUUUUCCAGAAACAGGCUCUGGAGCUUCAGGGUCAGGCGGAGUGGCGUGAUUGGUUCGCGCUGCCGUUUGUUCCCGUGCCGGAGCAGAAUCCCAUCUUCUCUCCGUACUUCUCCCGUCAGUGGGCCGACACCUUCCUCGUGUCUCUACACAACUUCCUCAGUGUGCUCUUCCAGUGCAUGCCUCAGCCCGUGCUGUUGAGCUUUGAUGCUGAAGUUCAGAGAAUCAUGUGUGUUCAAGAGGAGAACGAACAGCUCAGACAGAUGUUGUUUGCUCUGCAAGGAGAAUCGCGACUGAAGAAAGACGAGGAGAUGGUCCAUCACAAACUCCCCCCGUACGUCCAGCACAUGGACCGGCUCGGCGACACUGAGCUAGAUCUCGUGUCCAGCCAGCGCAACGUAAACGUGACAACGCCCACCAGAAACUUCUUCUCCACGUUCCUCCCUCAGGGCAGACGGGCACCUGCUAAAAUGCCCCAGCUGCCCCAGUCCUCGCCCACACAGGCCUCUCUGGGCAGGAAGGACCCCACCGGUCAGUCUGUGAAAGUUAAAGAUCCGCCUGUUGCGAAGGAUUCCAAGAUGCCCGCUGUUUCCAUGGUGACGGCGGAGUCGGCCACAGGUCACUCCCGACAGAGAAGACAUCAGGACCACGAGAAAGAGAGGAGAGAGCUGUUGUCCAGACUCCAAACCCAACAGAGUUCAGAGAGGAAAACAGAUGGUUCUGAUCCAGAAGCUCCAACCGAGGCUCCUCCUGAUCAAUCAGAAUCCACCAAUCAGGCGCGAGUUUGUGAGAUGGGCGGGGCAGGGGUGGAGCAGCCCUUUAUCAAACUGAGUCAGGAAGAGUAUGGAGAACAUCACUCAUCCAUCAUGCACUGCAGAGUGGACUGUUCGGGCAGACGGGUGGCCAGUCUGGACAUUGAUGGUGUGGUGAAAGUUUGGGCUUUUAAUCCCAUCAUGCAAACUAAAGCCACUAUCAUGUCCAAAUCUCAGCUGCUCUCACUGGAAUGGGCUGCUAAACCUGACAGACUGCUUUUGCUAGGCAGUGGUGUCGGCACGGUGAGGCUCUACGACACCGAUGCGAAAAAAAGCCUGUACGAGAUGUCAAUAGAUGACGCCCACCCGCGGAUCCUGUCAUUGGCCUGUAGUCCCAGCGGAACGUCAUUUGUGUGUUCCGCGGCGGCGCAGGCGGGUCAUUCCGGAGUCAUGUUGGAGAGUGAUGCACGAGGCUCCGCCCCCUUAUCUGGUCAACUGCUGCUGUGGGACACUAAGACCGUCAAACAGCAGCUGCAGUUUGCGUUGGAGCCGGGACCGGUCGCUAUAAACUGCACGGCCUUCAACCACAAUGGAAACCUGCUGGUGACCGGAGCGGCCGACGGAAUGAUACGACUGUUCGACAUGCAGCGUUAUGAGAGCGCGUUGAGCUGGAAAGCGCAUGAUGGUGAAGUGUACAGCGUUGAGUUCAGUUACGACGAGAAUGCCGUAUUCAGCAUCGGAGAAGACGGAAAGUUUGUUCAGUGGGAUAUCCAUCGCUGUGGUGUGAAACAGUCGGAGUACUCGCUGUCCCAGGAUGCGGUGGGGCCGUUCGUUCUUUCGGGUUACAGCGGGUAUAAACAGGUGCAGGUUCCUCGCGGGCGACUCUUUGCCUUCGACUCUGAAGGGCAACAUGUUCUCACCUGCUCCGGUAGUGGAGGAGUCAUCUACCGGUUGAGUAAGGCAGAAGCCGGUCUUGAAAGCGUCCUGUCUCUUGGAGGUCAUAAAGCGCCAGUCGUAACGGUCGAUUGGUGCACGGCGAUGGACUGCGGCACGUGUCUCACCGCGUCUAUGGACGGCAAGAUCAAACUGAGCACGCUGCUCGCUCAGAAACCCUGAACUCAGAAGAGCAAUGUGCAUCACGACUGAUCUGAGACCAGCGCUUUUGUUGCUGAAGUUGCACACACAUUAUGUCUUAUCAAAUAUCCAGUCGUGAAUAUUAAACUUUGCUUUCAAUAUAAACCUAAAACAUCAGAAAAUGAACAACAUUUUGAGAGAAUGAAUGUGAAAGGACCAUAUAGAUGCAGAAACAGUACAAAUUUGACUUAAUCGAGACAGAUGAAUGUUAUUGUUUCUUUCUUUGAAAGUUAAUCAGUCAAAAAAUCAUUUUCUUACGGAGUAUUUUUGUCGGGUUUUCCGGUAGAAAUAUCUAAACUUUCUUAAAUCAUGAUAAAUGUACUUUAGAAGCAAAAUGACAAACGAUCUUUUGUCUUGUUUUCAGAGAAAUCGGACAAAAUGUAGUAACGUUUAUGCUUCUAACAAUAAAAACUAUUUGCUAAUGGUGCAAGAAAAAAGAAGAAAAAAAAAAACGUACAUUUUUCAUUAAUUUCCAAGUUUAUUUUCUUACCACAUUGCCAAAAAAAAACAAAAAUGAAUAUAAAAAAUUAAAAUUAAAUAAAAAUUGUUUUCUUCUUUUAAGCAGAAAUCCCACUAAAUUGUGUGAAAACAAGACUAAAUAUCUCAUGACAUUCUCAUGCUUCAAGUAAAUUUUUUCUUGUUUUAAAAAUGUUUAGAUAUUUUUACUGCAAAACAAGACAAAAAUACUCAAUAAGAAAAUGAUUUUUGCAGUGCACGCAUGAACAUAUAGUAUGUGUGGAAAUGUUACGCUUGAACGAACAAAUGCACAAGAAGCUCAAUUUAUUCAUUAUUUUAAUCAGUUCAGUAAAUAAGGGCUUUUGUUUUUAAUAACUGAUUAAUAUUUCUGUCCUUAAAGAUAAUGUUUAUUUCUAGAUAGCAAAGUCCUGCUCUUGGAAUAUGAAACCAUGAAAUGCAACUUAACCAUGUAAUAAAGUAUUACAGUUGUGUUUAUAGA